UCCUAAACGUCAACUUUUUUCUAUAUUCUAAAUAUACAGCACUAUUUACUAAUAAGUGUUCUGAAAACAAGCAAAUAAAACAUCAGUACUCCUACGAAUAUGGGAAACAAACAGGUAAAACAACAUCUGGAAAAUGCACAAAAAACUGGAGUACUCAAAAUGUCCCAACUAAGGCUCACGGAAUUUCCUUCAGCUUUGUUAUCGUUUCCGAAUCCGAACGUUAUGAGGACAUUGGAUAUCUCUGAGAAUCGUUUCGUCGAAAUACCUGAUGCUAUUAGUAGAUUUAUUAAUUUAAAACAUUUAAAUUUAAGCGGAAACAAAUUAGUUCUCUUGUCUGGCUCGUUAGGAAUGCUUACGAAGUUGGAAACAUUAAAUGUGAUGAACAACUUUCUAGAAAGUUUGCCUGUUCAACUCGCCCAAUGUAAAAGUCUCAAACAGGUCAUUCUAAGUAACAACCAAAUUCGUGAGUUCCCGGUAAUGUUAUGUGGCUUAAAAUUUUUGGAUUUAUUAGAUUUGUCCCGAAAUAAAAUCACAACAAUACCAGAUGAUGUGAGCAGCUUACAAGUGACGGAGUUAAACGUUAAUCAAAACCAAAUUUCUGCAGUUUGUGAAAGUAUAGCAUUAUGUCCGAAGUUGAAAACGUUUAGAAUUGAAGAAAAUUGUUUACAAGUUAACGAAGCUUUGUCGAGAAUCUUAAAAGAAUCACAAAUAUGUAAUUUAUCAGUGGAUGGUAAUCUAUUUAAUUCUAAAACACUCGCUGAAUUGGAUGGAUAUGAAGCAUACAUGGAUCGCUAUACAGCUGCGAGGAAAAAGAUUUGUUAACUAAAAAGAUUCAGAAUAAAUUAUUCUAAUAUAGAA